AGUCGGGCGCUUCCGCUUGGCUCUAAAAUGGAAGCUGAACCUUGAGCGCAAAGGCUGAGUUUUGGGUGAGUUCCUCGCGGGAGGUGUCCGGACAGAGAAAAGAGCGUCCCCCCCUUCUCCCCCCACCUCCGAAAGCCAGCACGGAGGAAGUAGCAGCAGCAAUGGGAACUGAUGGAUUGGGGGUCCUCGGCGGUGUGGGGGCUCCUUCGGCGACUCCAGCGGCUUUUUAGCUACAUAACAACCCAGGUCUCCAGUGGCUGGCAGACACAAGCUCCCGUCAUGCCAAACAACAAGAUCCUGGAUGAAUUUGCGGUGCCCGAGGAGGCCCAAGAUAUGCUGAUGGAACACCGUCCCCAAAUUGAACGCCUCUUUCGGGUGGAGCUGAAUGUCGUGGGGGUGCUAGGAUCAGACCCCAAAGGAGCAAGGAAGAUCUGGUUGCAGUUACAAGGAAGCCAAGAGAAUCUUCAUAGUGCAAAGGAAUUCAUCAAAGGUCUUUGUACCCCAGAGCUUCAGGACGAAGUACAGUAUCCGAAAGACAUGCAGUGCAUCUUCUUAGGUGCCCAUGGAUUAUUUCUGGACUGCCUGAUUCGGGGGACCUCUGCAAACCUCACCUUUCUCCAUCCGGGCACCUUGUUGAUCUCAGGGUUGGCAGAAGCUUUUGUCAUGGCUCAGAGCCGGAUCCAGGAGUUUGUGGGGAAACACCAGAAGAACCCUAAGCUGCCAGAAGAACAGGAAGCUCAGGUCAAACGGUCCUUCCGGGAAUUGGUGGAGAAUUAUGAUGACAAACAUGCCAUGGAUCUUUUGAUCUUGCCCACCUCGGUCAAAGAGGAAUUGCUUAAUUUGGUCAAGGAGAUAAGGGAGGAAGACCCAGAGGAGGGGCAAAGGAAUGGCUAUAGGAUACCAUCUGGUUUUGGGAGAGAUUGUUCAUUGGGGUGGGAAGCCAACGUUGCGAAUAGUGGCGGAUCUGGGUCUCCAGAUAGGCCUCAACCUGUCUUUGGCAUACAUGCAGAGCUCAAUCGAGUCCAGGGACAGAGUAGAACUAGAAACUCCGGCCCUGACUGGCCUAUAGAAUUUACCAGGGCACAAGAAUCUUUUCACAAAGCUGAAGAUUUGAUGCAACUACCGUACUCAGAUAGGCCUUGGGAUGCUGGGACAGAUUUGCCUAUUGUGGAUGCAAAAUCUCAAGACCAAAAACAUCUUCAUGUCCCACGGGAUGACUUUUCAAGAAGUUCUGAUGAGGCCAAAUUGCACACUAAGCCACAGGAACAUCUGUCUGACUUGAAUGGUUCUCGGCAUUGGCUGGAGGUAAUGACCACUAAGAAUUCUGGGCUUCCCAAGAGUUCCCCUAAACUGAUUCCAGCUACCUCUGAGCUUCAGAUUCUACCUGGAUACAAAGGCCUCACAGAAAGCUUGGAGGAUCAUCAAGCAGAAGAGAAGAAUCCUCUUUGGGCAACAGAAUCAUGCUCCGUUAGUUUGCCUGAGGAAACCACCGAGGAGGAGGCAACAUCUGACAUUUUGCUGUCGUCAUGGACUGAAAAAGAGUUCAAAAUGAGGCUAAACUUCUUUAAAACUAUGGGCUAUGAGGAGUGUGUGGUCAAAAAGAUAUUAUUGGAAGGUGGAGUUCAGGAAGCCCCUUCAACCAUCUUGGAUAGAGUCCAGAUGAUGGAGGCAGGCUUGUCUCAAAAAGAAGACAUCUCCCCAUCCCAACGACGAGGCAUCUCCCCAUCCCAACGACGAGGUCUCGCUGCUUUGUCUCUGGAAGACACUUAUGAUGAAAACAGUUAUGUCAAGGAACUGAUCAAAACAGCAGUGGUCAACUGCGGCCAUUGCCCCAGCAAGAUCCCCACAGAAAUACAAACAGGAGCCCCAUUGGCAAGUCUCCUGAGGCAGCUAAAUGAGAAAGGGAAAUGCCAAGAUGAAGGCGAGAGUGCGAUAGGGGGGUCAUCAACAAAGCCAGAACAUGGAGGUCAGCUUGGCAUCCAGAGGGCAACCAUUUUGAAUCAUGGGGAAUCUUCUCAGCAAAGGACUCAUCCGGAGGAAAGGUGGAAUGGUACACUUUCAAAUCACAAGGGUGUCCAUGUUCCAAUAAGUAAUCCUGGAGUUCCCAGAUUGUUGCCUAUUACUUCUCCUAUUGCUAGUUUUUUGUCCUCCCUAUCGGAUUCUGAGGGGACCCAGUCAACAGAAAGCACCAACAUGGAUACUCUUCAGCAGGGUCCUGUUUCUACGGUAACUGGAGCUCAGCGCUUUGAGGAGGCUCUUAAGACUGAGUUCAAACUCACGUUGGCCAACACACCUGGGAAGAAGAAUUUGCGAAUGGUCAUUAUUGAUGGUAGCAACGUGGCCAUGAUGCACGGUCUGAACCAGUUCUUCUCCUGCCGAGGAAUCGCCUUAGCCGUGCAAUAUUUCUGGAAGCGAGGCCACCGCGAAGUGAACGUCUUAGUGCCUGCUUAUCGAAUGGAAGAAGAUUCUAAUGUGAGAGAGAGGCACUUUUUGACUGAGCUGCACAAUCUAAGCAUCCUGUCCCUUACACCAUCACGAAAAAUCGAUGGGAAAGGCAUUGUCCCAUAUGAUGACAGAAUGAUGCUGAAACUGGCAGAACAGACUAACGGGGUGAUUGUCACCAACGAUCAGUUCCGGGAUCUUGCCAAAGAAUCGAAGAGAUGGAUCAAGCUAAUCAAGGAGAGCUUAUUGCAGUACACCUUUGUGGGGGAUAUAUUUAUGGUCCCGGAUGACCCCUUAGGACGAAGUGGCCCUACCUUGGCAGACUUCCUGAAGAAAAAAAACAAAACCAAGUAUCCUGAUUGUCACUCUUUCAGUGGCCAACCCGCCCCACAGUUCACACCAUCACAUCCUAUAUCCCAGACAGAGGUCCUUCACCUCCGGGAUAGGAGGCCACCUGCUGGUUCAGUAGGGGACUACAGGAGAGGUCGGCACAACAGCCCUGCUGAGAAGGAGACACUUCGCUCUACAGAAGAGACAGAGUGGCUGAGGAGCAAGCUUUUGGAGAUUUUUGAGGGACAAGACAGAAAAGUGGACUUUGUGCUCAUCAGAGAACCUUGUUGCCAAGACCUGAACAAGCUUUCAGAGGCUAUUCUCAGUUUUACUUUCUGAGCCAGCCUCUUCUGUUCCGUCCCCAAAGGCAGUCGAUCUAACACAGUCGCCUUCAGAGAUUAAACUUCAAAUGAUUGACGUGAUCUUGGUGCACCAGUGGCCAUUGACAAGGGAGAAAAUGCUUGGGGAAUGAAGACAAAAAGAUCGGACCCCGCAAAAGGCUUCGGUCCUAAAGCCUGCACUGUUGUGUUUUUCCUGUUUCCUUAAUAUCAGAUGAAUCUCAUCUUUGAAUCAGCUUUCUUCUCAAUAAUUGGACCUCUCUGCAUUCCAGAAAUGUGAAGUUGCUUGCAGGAACUUAAAACUCCCUACAUGCAAAUAUGGCGGGCCUAAGCUAUGAGAGAGCUAAAGGCCUUGAGAUGGAAUUACUAUAAAUUGGUCCUCUGCCAAGAGAGAAAUUCCUGCAGGAUUUCUCACUCUAAAACUUCAAUUCCCAGCAUCCACCUUGACUCUGUAUUAACCAAUCAAAGAUUUCUGAGGUAAAAGUUAUGACUUGUGUAGGUUUUCACUUUAAAAGAGUAAAGAUGAGAGGUCCUUGCUUGGUUGUUUUCCUCCAGAUGCUUUAUUAUCCAACUUAGGUAACAUCAUCACUGAUGCUAAGACUGAAGGUGUUAUUUAGUUGGGUAAUGAAACGUCUGCAAGAAAACAAGCUCAGAGAGCACCAAGGACCCUUCAUUUUCAACCCGGAGUACAAAUAUUUUCCUUUAUUGGUAGAGAUGCUUAAAUAACCUCCAUUUUAGGCUUGGUGAGAGGACCACCAUCGUGUACUCGGCAUGUUCCAAUUUGAUUGGAUUCCAGCUUAAUAUUAAGAUGCACUGCAGAUUAGGAGUCUGGCUUGAUUAAAAAGCUGCUUUAUACUCUUACGAUAGCUUUCCUCGAAAUGGCAACCUCCAAAUGUAUUCAGUAUCUUCAGAUGCAGUUACUGAUCUUAACUAUUCAAAACGGGACGGGAAUUGUUUUGCACAUCUAAGUCAACCUGUUUGAAGAAAAUCUGAGCCUCCAAUACCAAUUGUAUAAAUCCUAUUUUUAUAUUUUUAAAUAUGGUACCAACAACUAUUUUAAGCAGAGAUUUUAAAUUUCCUUCAAGAAAUUCAAGUACGUUUGGGGCACUCAGUUCUUAUACAGUCUCUUAUAAAUAAUAAGUGAUUCUUAUAAAAAAAAACUUUUUAAAAUUAUACUUUUGUAGGACAGAGAAAAAAAAUGCACUGUUCCCCCAAAUAUUUUUUAAAAGCUAAAAAAUAAAUCUUGGUGUUUUCUGAAAA